AUGGGAUCGAUUAAUGCUGAUAGCUCUACGAAUACUCGUUCUCAACAACAACCUCUCGAUCAAUAUGAGAAUCCUUACUUCCUCCACGCAUCUGAUCAUGCCGGUUUGGUACUUGUCUCCGAUCGUCUCAGCUCAGGAUCUGAAUUUCAUUCUUGGCGCAGAUCUGUUAGAAUGGCACUCAACGUUCGCAACAAACUCGGAUUUAUCGACGGUACGAUUCCUAAACCUCCGGAUGAUCAUCGUGAUGCUGGAUCUUGGUCUAGGUGUAAUGAUAUGGUAGCUACAUGGUUGAUGAAUUAUGUGUCAAAGAAAAUACGCCAGAGUUUGUUGUUUAUGUCUACUGCUGAAUCAAUUUGGAACAAUUUGUUGUGCCGAUUUAAACAAAAUAAUGCUCCGCGUGUUUAUGAGAUAGAACAGCGUUUGAGCUCGAUUCAACAGGGAUCUAUGGAUGUUAGCACAUAUUACACAGAACUUGUUACUCUAUGA